AGGAGCCUCUCAGCAACUGUCUGUCUCCGCAAGUAACCUCUCUCUCCAGCGUGGCACCAUUUCUACAGUACAUAAGAGUAGAGGAGUGGGCUUUUUUAGCGGAUGAAAGCUUCAUUGCUUUGACAAAAUAUACACAGUGAAAACUCGUAUGCAAAGCGCCUGAGGAUUUACGGAUCUAUAUCUGUUAAUAAACGCGGUAUUUUGGUUCAUUUCUCGACGGCCCGGAUACGGAUAGAGAGAUUCAACUCGGGUCCUUUCGUCCUGACAUGGACACAGGAACUGUACCAGAAAGAAAAGGGUGAGCUCGGACCGGAGGAAGGAGAAGUCCAGGGAUGCAGCGCGGAGCCGGCGUGGGAAGGAGUCGGAGGUUUUCUACGAGCUGGCCCAGGAGCUGCCCCUGCCCCACAGCGUCAGCUCCAGCCUGGACAAGGCCUCCAUCAUGAGGCUCAUCAUCAGCUACUUGCGCAUGAGGAAACUGCUGAGCACUGAAGAGCCAAUGGCAGAGGAGGAAACAGAUCUCGAUGCCCAGCUCAACGGCUCCUACCUAAAGGCUUUGGAGGGCUUUCUCAUGGUGCUGUCGGAAGAUGGAGAUAUGAUCUAUCUCACCGAGAAUGUCAACAAGUGCCUGGGGCUGGCACAGUUUGACCUGACUGGAUACAGUGUGUUUGACUUCAUUCAUCCCUGUGAUCAGGAAGAGCUGCGGGAGAUGCUGGUGCACAAAACAGGCUCUAAAAAGACCAAGGAACCAAACACAGCACGCAGCUUCUUCCUCCGAAUGAAAUGCACUCUCACAAGCAGGGGCCGCACUGUGAAUGUCAAAUCAGCUGCAUGGAAGGUGCUCCACUGCGCCGGUCAUGUCCGUGUGUAUGACGGCUGCACUGAGGAGACUCCCAACGGGCACAAGGAGCCCCCAGUCCCCUACCUGGUUCUGAUCUGCGACCCCAUCCAACACCCCUCCAACAUCGAGGUCCCUCUGGACACCAAGACAUUUCUCAGCCGCCACACAAUGGACAUGAAGUUCACCUAUUGUGACGAGAGGAUCACUGAGCUGAUGGGUUAUGACCCGGACGACCUGUUGAACCGCUCUGUGUAUGAGUACUAUCACGCUAUGGACUCAGACCAUCUUACCAAGACUCACCACAACUUGUUUGCAAAGGGCCAGGUAAGCACAGGCCAGUACCGGAUGUUGGCUAAAAGAGGCGGCUUUGUGUGGGUGGAAACACAAGCCACUGUCAUCUACAACAACAAGAACUCUCAGCCACAGUGCAUCGUCUGCGUCAACUUUGUGCUUAGUGGCAUCCAGGAGGAGAAACUGGUCUUGUCUCUGGAGCAGAUGGAGGAUGUGAAGCCAGUGGAGGAGCAGCAGCAGGAGGAGGAGGAAGUGAAGGCUGUGGUGGAGAUCAGCGAGUUGGUCAUGUCCCCGGCCCUGAAGGAGGUGGAGGAGAAAGGCCCAGAGCUGGAUGUGAUCAAACUGUUCACUCAGACGGCAGAGGCCCAGCCGUUUGUGAGCCUGUACGACCAGCUGAAGGAGGAGCCGGAGGCCCUCACCCUGCUGGCCCCGGCUGCCGGAGACGCCAUCAUCUCCCUGGACUUCAGCUGCCCUGAUUCAGAGAUCCAGCUGCUGAAGGAGGUCCCUCUCUACAACGAUGUAAUGCUUCCCUCCACCAGUGACAAGCUGGCUCUGCCUCUCUCCCCUCUGCCGCCGUGCGAGCCCCUCCAUGUCAGCACCAUCAGCUCUGAGGCUGCCAAAGCUGAGAGCUUUCCGUCCAGCACCUUCACCAGCCUCAGAUCAACAGAGGCUGGCAGUCUCAUGGACUUUUGUUUCCCCAUGGACUCGGAGAUGAAAUCAGAUUCCAAACUAGACUUUGUGGAGAAGCUGUUUGCCAUUGAUACAGAUCCCAAGAACCUCUUCACCACACAGGCGAUGGAAGACUUAGAUCUGGAGAUGUUGGCUCCCUACAUCCCCAUGGACGAUGACUUCCAGCUGCGCAGCCUGAGCCCAGAGGAGCCUCUCUCCUGUGGACCUGUCAAAUCCCUGCAGAGCUCUCCAAUCCACAUCACACAGGACAUCCACAGCUAUCCCUUCUCCCCGGUCAGUGCACCAAGCAGCCGCACAGCGUCCCCAGCACUUCUCAGGGCCCCUCAAACGGCCCCCAUUAUUGCUAUGAGGACCCCACAGCUGGACAAAGAAGUCUCGCUCAGGACCCUGGCAGCCCAGAAUGCACAGCGCAAAAGAAAAAUGGGUGACAUAAAAGAGAUUAUUGGACAGGGUACUUUGCCCCAGGAACAAUUGGAGCAGGGCAAAAAGCUGAAGGCCUCAGAGUCAGGAACAACCAGGACCAUACUCCUGCUGCCUUCAGACAUGGCGAGCCGUCUGUUGGGCUGCACAUCGGAGAACACCAGUUCCCUCUUCAGCCUGCCGCAUCUGACCCGCGACGACUGCGAGGUGAACGCCCCGCUGCAGGGCCGCCAGUGCCUGCUGCAGGGAGAGGAGCUGCUGUGCGCUCUGGACCAUGUCAAUGUCAUCUAACGUCAAUUGGAGUCUCUGCCCACUGCUGGACACUACAAUUUCUCCCUCAUGUUGUCACUCCCUCUGCGUGACCCUAAAUGUCUCCCCCCUCCCUCUCCUCCCCCCUUAAUUUAUGUAUCUGUAUGAGUUUGACUAUAGUCCGCUGUUCGUGCACCCAUGUGAUAUCUGCAGCAUUCCACCGUGACAAACACCAUGGCAGCAUCUGGGUUUUGGUGCAAGGGGUUCAGGCAUCACAAGAUGUCCAAAUGUCGUUUUUAUUGUUUUUGUCUUUCCUCUCUUCCCGGGGAGUCUCUCAGCACACAACGCCUCGACAGAUUACCCUUUUUCCAGCAGGUCACCACAGACCCUGGCACUACUGCCAGCAGUGUAUUGUAAGCUUCAGUCGCACAAUUUAUAUUUUCUUAAAAAUAAAAAUAUUACCAGCAAUAUAUAUUAUGCCUUUUUAAAGUCGUUUUAAUGGGAUUUGAACCUUUUUAUUUUUCCUCCCAUACUUGUAUGUUGUAGUACUCGUACUUAACAAGAUGUCUUUAGUCCAGAAAGUAUGAACAUAUGUUUUAAACCGUAGGUGGUUUGAAUGUUAUCUCCAUUUAAUAGCUAUCAGUUUUUUAGGUAAUUUAAUUGUGUAGCAGUCCAGUACAUGUCACUUUAUUACUUUACUGUAAGUGUGCGUUACUGUACUUUACCAGGGAAAAUUGUAUUUACUCAGUUGGGCUUCACAGCUUCUUAGUCUCAAGGUGAAAUCUGAGAGUAAGCGCCUCACUUUGGUUUUUAAUUGCUUUUUUUCUCUAACAUGAAGUGAAUUCAUGUUUUUAGUUUUGACUGUGCGUGACAGACUAUUUGACUUGUGUGAUCACUAUCAUGUUAGCAAUUGUGAGUUGUCAAACUUGUUGGCUCAGUUUAAUACCAUUGAUCCAUGCCAUAUUAUUGGGUCGCUCAUGCUUCUUGUUGCCGUUGAAUAUUAAAUGGCUUGUAUGGGGUA